GUCAGGAUUCCGUUGCAUCAUGUGAGUCAGGAAUGCACAAGUAACUUACGAUACCUCGGUCGCAUGGCAAACACAGGUGGAUAUAGCCGGCUGGAAGCCAAGCUCAGAGCAAUGAGAGAUCAGUGCGCUCAUCUCCGUCACUAUCAGGAACAGCUUUUUGAGGACGUCUCUCAUGCGGUGGCCACUGCUACACGUAAGGAUCGCCAAAAAGUUUUUGAAGUCCUUAGUGACUACGCUUCUAUGAUGGAUGAGAGCGAUUGCAACGUGGUGCCAUCGCAUAACAGCAUCAACCAACUCGAAAAAGAAGUUAAUGCAUUUGAAGACAGCAAAGGUGCGUUCAAAUCCCUAGCAGAUUACGUUGAAUCUGAUCUUUUCUGGAUUAUCAUCUUGCAUGUUUUGAGCUUAUGUCUUCUCGUCGUAGGACUUCUGAUGGGUAUCUGCACACACGACAGAAACAUUGAACCACAUGAGCGGAGUGGCUUAUCCCACCUUAUCGGCUGCGAGCUCACCUUAACAGCCUACGCUUUUACCCUCUUCGUUAUAGUAGGCAUAAUGAAGUCGAUGUUCAUGACUAUAGAAAGCACUUUGGGGUAUACCUACUUCUGCGAGCCCUACCUCAGUAAAAACUAUGUCAUCUUGGAUGAUGCCUUGGAAAGGUUGUGGCCAGCUAGCAACCGUAGUCAUUUGUUGUCCCGAAUCAUGCCUUCUGAAGUCAUGGAAAACUGCCAAAAUGAAUCAAUUUCCGUUCUCGACUUGGGUCCGAAACCAAGCCAUGGAAGAACUUCUCACCGACGAGGUGUGUUUCUCCCACGGUUAAACUUGAAGAUAGUAUUGCAAGAAUUGUCUUCCCAGCCUGAGCAUGAGAGAGCUAAAGAUUCAUUUUCGCACACUGCAGACGUAUUCAUCAACGCUAUACCGUCUUUUCAGAACGCUUUGUCAGUUGAAGCAAAAUUCCUCAACGGGAAUCGAGCGAACGCCACGAUUUUCCUGAACAAGAGGUCUGAUUUUCGGAAUAAAGACAGUGACCCAAUGAUAAACAAGACUGUUAUCAAGAAAGUCCUGCUCCCUAUGAUUCCUUCGUACUACAACCGUUUUGUAACUGACCUUGUGAACAUUGCUAUGCAACCGACGGGAAACACAGUAGCCGGGCGCUGCUCUCUCCUACGUGCUCUCCUUAAGUCUUUCAUGGACGUCGUCUGCUACACCUACGUCCUCGAAUUUGUUGGCUACUGGGCAUCACUACUUCUGGCAGUCUUCCUCGCCAUGCUGGUCAUUCCGUUCUGCUUUAUGUUGGCCAAGUAUUUUUUCUGCACUCAGCGACUCAUCCAUGUACUCCGAAGACCGAGAAAGUCUAGAAAGGGAAUGGCUGCGCACUCUCUGUCUGAAUCACUAGAACGUGAGCAGACCCCCGAGCAAUACGGUCAGGUGCACCCGCUCACCAGGCUUCUGCAGAUGUACGCAGGCAGUGAGUUGCCACCUGGCACAUCGCGCAGGAUCGUUGCCAUGUCAACAAAGAACACGUCGAUCUUGCCCACUUUGGGGCCACCUAUCCAUCAGAUGGCCUCCUUCUCGUCCCGGGUGACACAAACACCAAAGCGCCUCCAUGCUGUACACUCUUCUACAAGCAUCAUCGCCACUGGAGGUGGUGUGCCCGUGGUAGCCGGAAUUCCUGUCGCGAGCGUAGGCGCGGUUGUGGCUGCGCAGCCGGCGGCGCCCUCAAUGAUUCACGGUCACUCAGUCGCGGCACCUGUAGGCCACGUGGCUUCCUCCUCGGUGCACCGGACAAACUCGCUUACGCUUGUCCAGCCACACUACCACAGUCGUCUUUGCACGAACGUGGCGUCGUCGUCUCAUCAGUCUCUGGUACCACCGGUCCAGGCACCGCUGAUGUACGGGGCUCCAGUUCCUAUGGCCUUGCCUCAGUCGCAACCUUCCUUUGCGGUGAAACCGAUGCCUGCGGUCUGCGUUCCGGUACAAGCGAGCGUUCCCGUCCAAACGGCCAUACCUGUUCAGGCAAGCGUGCCCUCCACCAGGCUGUUGACGCGCACUACAGCCGUAUCAAGCGGUAGUCAGCUGAACUUGGUUGCGCCGCCAGCUGCCAGCAUGAUGGCAGUUGCCCGGCCGUCGACCGUGGUCUACCGCCAGGCCUACCCGGCUACUUAUGCUUUACCGUCGCGGGUCUCGGUGGCGCCAUCGCUGGCGUUGGCACCCGUGUACGCGCCACGCCGCCGAACCGUGUCUGUGCACAGCGUUUCCUCGUCCAGUAGCAGCGGUAGCCUCCGGGCAGUGCGGGGACCCGGAAGGACCGUCGCGUUCGCCAGACCCCGGAGGACGCUCUCCGCGCACUCGAUGACGACCCACACGCACCGUCGCCUGUAGCACAGUUGGGCCUCUACACUGUCAGCAGUGGUGUUCGCCGGACGCAGCCGCUGUCGUGCGUGCGUGCCGGCGGCCUUACGCCGUCGUUCCCCAUCAAACCAGCGGUAAUCAAAGGAGCCAUUCCUGGAACGGACCUUGCGUCAUAAGAAGUGGUGCCGCCACGUGUUGCCUGCGCUGUGACGCAGUCGCGGUGGCCAGCAUUGUUGCCACUGUCGCUUUUCAGACAGUUGUCCCUCUUCUAGGUCGGAGCUAAGGUCACCGUGCGGCAAUAAA